CAAGCUAAGCUAGCGAAUAGUUAGCUACGCCACGCGGUAGCAAAGCGAUUCGAUUUCAUUCCCAUCUAAUCCGCGUAGUGAGUGAGUAGGCCGCGUGGUUCAUAUAUGUUGACGGAGAGCGCGGCAAACCGUAUCGCUGUGCCCUUAGUCAGUACAGUGCUUGAGAUCGGAAAGAACAGCUCUAGAGUAAAAUCUAAAUUUAGAGUGGUUAGUUGUAGUUGUUUACGCGCCGCUGUGAGAGCACCACGUGUCUACCGGCUUACAUAUGCGAGAUCGCAAGAGCACCUUCACCAAGGAAUACAUAAAUAAUAUUUUCAACCCCUUGACCAGACCCACUAGACCGACUUCGAGGCCUGAUAACCACAACUCAUCACGUGUUGCCGAAGAGCAGCGCGAAACAAUUGAAGAACAAACGAAAAUGUUGAUGCCGAGUGCUGGAAUUACUGCCUCCACAGAGACCGAGAAUCUCGUGGGAGGACUCGGAAGUCUAGGGGUUUUGGGGGCUGCUGGUACGCUUAAUGGAACCGGGGUACAAAAUAAAGAUACCACAUGGACUAAAUUAUUCGUCGGGGGUUUACCAUAUCACACUAGCGAUAAGUCACUUAGAGAUCACUUCGCUGUUUAUGGAGAAAUCGAAGAGGCAGUUGUUAUUACUGAUAGACAAACAGGAAAAAGUAGAGGUUACGGAUUUGUAAUAAUGGGUGAUAGGGCUUCGGCAGAAAGGGCAUGUAAAGAUCCAAAUCCUAUUAUAGAUGGAAGAAAAGCAAAUGUGAAUUUAGCAAUUUUAGGAGCCAAACCAAGAGGCAAUGUUCCAGCAGGAUUUCCAUUCCCGAGUGUGCGAGCGGGAGCGUACCCGACGUUGCUCCCUAGUCAGUACGGAGUGCCCCCUGGCUAUGUGUAUCAAUCACCGUAUUUGGCAGCUACAGCACCAGGCAGUUUAGUUCCUCUACAAGCUACACAAUUAACACACGCAGCUGCGGUCGCAGCUGCGGCUACAUCUCAAUUCUAUGAAUACCAAAAUGCAGCCGCUGUUGCUGCGGCAGCAGCAGCACCUUACACUGGACAAUACGCUAAUGGAUUUGAUGCAUAUACACCUUAUACAGGAGCUACUGGUGCUGCCGGUUAUAUGCCAUAUACAUACGCGGCUUUACCCCAGACACCAGGGCUACCGACUGCUACAGCUGGAGCUUUCCCAGGAAUCCCUUACCAAACGGCGGCUCAAGCUCAAAGUUUACAAGAAGCUAGGUUACAGUAAUGAAAUCCUCAAUUACAACUAUUACACAUUCACUGUAACCCUUUUAGUGACUUAUAUGAGUGAGAGUAAAAUGUACUUAAUCUAUCACAAAUCAUAUCAUUAUUGAUAUCCAAAAUUAUUUUAGAAGAAUUUGUUCUAUUUUUUGAUACGGACAACAGUGAAAAAGCUGUUUGCCAAUUCUCAUUUCUUAUUGAAGAAAAAUAUUUUUAUUUUUUGAUAUUUACGUGGAUCUGUCGAAAGACUGCACCAGAAGACUCAUAAAUUAGAGGUUACGCGGUGCAAUUUCUAAAUAAAUUAAUUUAUUCUUAGUAGAGUAAUUCCAGAUUUAGUUACCACUGGUGCAGUAGAAUUACAUUAAUAAUUAGACGUUAAAACAUGUCAUUGUGCAGGUCAGAUACAACUUUUUAAUGUAAUUUCACUGGGCUAAUUUAAUAAAAAUAAAUAAAUGCUCAAUAAAAAUUAACAGACUUCAAAAUUGCUUCUACUUUUGCAGAGUAGUUUAUGUUGAUACUGCAAAAGAAGUGCAAUAACUUUGAAAUUUACUUAGAAUUAUUUCUUUUAGUUGUGAAGGUACUAAGCGAUCAAUUCACAACUAUUCAAUUAAAUUUACCACUAAAACUACAAUUUAUCCAUCACAUACUACAACUUUCCGAUCAAAGAAGCUGCUGUUCUUAAUAUGUCAUAUGCACUAGAUUUAGCAUUAUUAUACAAUUAACAAGGUUUCUAAAAUAUCAAAUCUAUCACAAAUUUUACAUUUCAAUUAUUAUAAAACACUCAAAAUCACCAAUAUAGAAAAUACCAAAUGAAUAUCAACAGACCCGUUCCCUAGAUAUUCUAUUUUCUGAUAUUAUUUUCUCUUAAAUAUUAAGCUUUUGAGAAAUUGUGCAGCUUCCCCUAGUCGGUUUCAUCCCCUUAAGCAGUUAAAAAGAUUCUGACUCAAUAUUUUUUUUAUUGUAGUGUCGGUGUGUAGAUUUAUUGUUAUAUUAUUUGUAUAUUGACUCGCAAGGUACUUAGAUCUAGUCUUAUUAUUAUUAGUUAUUAAGAAAAAUAAAUUUACGUUGGAUAUGUGAAAUAUCUCAUUGAAUUGACAUAAGCUUCAUCUGGAAAGAUGGACAAGUCGAAUUGUUUCAUUUUGAAGACAAUCUUUCAAAAUAUGCAAUGUUUCUAAGUAGUAAAUGUAAAAGAUUACAAAAAUUAUAUAGAGCACAAAAAAUAAGUGUAGUUUAGAUUUUAGUUCUAUCCAAAGAGAAAAAUGUAACGAAACGUCUCUGUUUUUGACCAAGAUAUUGACGUUUAACUUUUUGAACAUCGUUGAUACAUGUUUCUGUAGUAUUUGUAGAUCAAAUGUUAUUAGAAUACUUCAGCUAGGUACUAUAUACCAAAAAUUAUUUAAUCGAGUCUUGUAUAAACAGAUUAGAUUCUUCUUAGUGUACAUUAUGAAAAUUUGUCGUAUUCCAAAUACUGCUAGAUAUGUUUUAUUAUCACUAAGACGAAAUUUAACAAACUACCCUAUGCAAGACCUUAGUUUUUCUAUCUUAUGUUGGGGUUAAUAGAAGAAAUGUUUGAAGAGAAGAAGACAUAAUCAAAA